CUUUGACAAUUUCACGUCAAAGUGAAAGUAAACAAAGUUAUUUAUCAUUCUUGUAAAACGAUUCCGUCCUUAAAAAGCAUUUAAUUACCCUCCAUAUAAACACGUUAAGUGCUGUAUAAUUGAAUAAACGAUGUGAUUAGCACUGUAAACUCCACGAUAGUGAUAACAUUCGAUAAUGACCGAGUAAGUUCCUUUUAAAUUCUUCGAAAUAAGAAAAUGUCUCCUGAAAUGAACGGUAAUAAUCCGCCUACGAUUGCUGAAAGGAAAAAGAAAAAACGUGAUAAAAAGCAUUCCUCAACUUCGGGUAUCGACGAAUGUAACGUUCCACCAUGCAACGGAUAUGGUAAUAUAAAUUCGUAUCCUAACCUCAAUCAAGAAGGUUCAUUUUAUCAUCACCAAUCUUUUUUUAACUAUCCUACAUCAACUGAACCAAUGUCCCUUCCAAUUUAUCCAUCUAAUUUUCCCACUUAUUCGUUUCCAUCCAAUCCGAAUUUAUCUUAUCCAGGAAGUUUUUUGAAUAAACCCAAUUUUCCCCAAGCUUUUCCAUCUUAUUCCUUUGAUUCAAACGAUUAUCUAUCCUUACCUUUGGUUAACAUGAACCAAAAUGAAACUGAUAAACGUCGGUUUUCUGAUCCUGGGCCUAAUGAUAGCGAUUCCAGCUCAACUUCCAUCGAUAACAGAGUCAUACAAAAAUUGACACAACAAAUUAAUGUUUUAAAAGAAGCCAAUAAAAAUUUAAGCAGAGAAUUGAAUGAUGUUAAAAUUGAAAUUAAUUUGUUAAAGCAACAACAAAAUAAUAAGCACUACGAAAGAGAUUAUGAACCGGGAAUGAUUGCUGAGUUUAUUAGGGACUUAAGGGAGGCUGCUCGUGUUCGAGAAGAUGCUUUAAUUGCACGUGUUAAGCAUAUGAUUGAAGAAAAGCAACUAAGUAUGAAUCAAUUUCAAGUUGCUACUGAAAAAUCCAGAAACAACGAUCGACUUUCAAAAUUAGAGGAACAAAUCAAAAAUCUUAGUAUAUCUCAGAGUAAUAGGUCUGAAGAUGGAAUAUCUUUACCAUCAUCAUCAACAAUUGAAGAUACAACAUCUUCAGCUCAUCAAGUUAUCGAGUUAGAACGUGAAGCUCUUCAAUUACGCCGAGAACUUCAAGAUGCUCGUGCAAAGAAAGAAGAAUCAGAACAAAAAUUGCAACAGCUGGAUAAAAAACUGUCGCAUUUGCUAAGGAGGAAAGAAAUAGGGUCUUACGAAACGAUUUCGGACGAUUGCAAAACGUCUACUUGCGACACAUUUUCAACUACCGGAAGCGCUUCCAUAGGACCACAAAGGGUUACUUUAUCUGGACCAGUUACUGACUUGUAAAAAAAAA